UGCUGCAGCCCUCACCAGCCUUUCUCUGCUAUCAUGGCCUGCUACACUUCCUCUGGACAGACGGCCUCCUCCUACCGUCGCACCUUUGGCCAUGGUACCUACGCCUCACCCUCCCUCAACCGCUCGUUCCUGGGCCAGAGCGGCGGCAGCGGGAGCCACGUGGCCUCCAGGGUCUAUGAGGUGACCCGGACCAGCAGCACGCCUGCCUAUUUGGUCUCCUCCAGCCACCACAGCAGGCCGCUGGCAUCGUCACGGGCCUCUGUCGGCCGCUCCUACGCCGGCAUAGGCCAGACCCUGGACUUUGGCCUGGCGGACGCCCUGAACCAGGAGUUCCUGACCACGCGCACCAACGAGAAGGCCGAGCUGCAGCACCUCAACGAUCGCUUCGCGAGCUACAUCGAGAAGGUCCGCUUCCUGGAGCAGCAGAACCAGGCACUGACGGUGGAGGUGGAGCGUCUGCGUGGCCGCGAGCCCACGCGCAUCGCUGACCUAUAUGAGGAGGAGAUGAGGGAGAUGAGGAGGCAGAUCGAGAUCCUAACCAACCAAAGCUCACGCCUGGAGGUGGAGAGGGACGGUCUGGCCGACGACCUGGACAAGCUCAAACUCAGACUUCAGGAGGAGAUUAUCCAGAAGGAGGAAGCAGAAAACACCUUGGCUUCUUUCAGGGCGGAUGUGGAUGCUGCCACUCUGGCCCGUCUGGACCUGGAAAGGCGCAUUGAGACACUGCAGGAGGAGAUCGCCUUCCUGAAGAAAAUCCAUGAAGAGGAGAUCCGUGAGCUGCAGGCCCAAAUGCAAGAGACUCAGGUUCAGAUCCAGAUGGACAUGUCCAAGCCGGACCUGACAGCAGCUCUGAGGGACAUCAGGGCCCAGUACGAGGGCAUUGCUGCCAAGAACAUCGCAGAGGCUGAGGAUUGGUACAAGUCCAAGGUGUCUGACUUGAACCAGGCAGUGAGCAAGAACAAUGAGGCUUUGAAGCAGGCUCGUCAGGAAACCAUGGAGUUCAGGCAUCAGAUUCAGGCCUACACCUGUGAGAUCGACUCCCUUAAGGGCACCAACGAGUCUUUGAUGAGGCAGAUGAGGGACAUGGAGGACCGCUACGGCCGUGAGGCUGGCGGGUUCCAGGAGACCAUCGCCCGGCUGGAGGCAGAGAUCGCCAACAUGAAAGACGAGAUGGCCCGACACCUCCGCGAAUACCAGGACCUGCUCAACGUCAAGAUGGCGCUGGACGUGGAGAUCGCCACCUACAGGAAGCUGUUGGAAGGCGAGGAGAGCAGGAUCGCCCUGCCUGUCCAUAGCUACUCCACCUUGAGCUUCCGAGAGACGAACCCCGACCACCAGCGCUCGUCUGAGAUGCAUUCAAAGAAAACUGUGCUCAUCAAGACCAUCGAGACCCGCGAUGGAGAGGUCGUCAGCGAGUCAACUCAGCACCAGCAGGACAUCGUGUAGCCACCUGCAGCAGACAAGAAACAAACAUCUAUCCUGCAACGAACAAAGGUGGAAAAGGAAAAAGUCAAUAAAACAAGAAGGAGACUUUACAAAACAUCA